CCCCCCGCCGCUGCCGCCGCUGCGCCGUGGUCGGCAACUCGGGCAACCUGCGGGGCUCCGGCUACGGGCCGGAGAUCGACGGGCACGACUUCGUCAUGCGGAUGAACCAGGCCCCCACGGUGGGUUUCGAGGGCGACGUGGGCAGUCGGACCACCCACCACUUCAUGUACCCCGAGAGUGCCAAGAACCUGCCGGCCAACGUCAGCUUCGUGCUGGUGCCCUUCAAAACCCUGGACCUGCUCUGGAUCGCCAGUGCCCUCUCCACCGGCCAGAUCAGGUUCACCUACGCACCCGUGAAGCCUUUUCUGCGGGUGGACAAAGAAAAGGUGCAGAUCUACAACCCUGCCUUCUUCAAGUACAUCCACGACCGCUGGACGGAGCACCACGGGCGCUACCCUUCCACCGGCAUGCUGGUGCUCUUCUUCGCCCUCCACGUCUGCGACGAGGUGAACGUCUUCGGGUUCGGCGCCGACAGCCGCGGCAACCGGCACCCCUACUGGGAGAACAACCUUGCCUGCAUGAACAAGGUCUACAGGACUGUUCCCGUUGUGGACAGCGAGACACAGAGCAGCGAUAACGUCCCCGCAACUGCCACGCAGGAGGCACUCUACUUUUAG